AUGCAAUUUAUGAUAUUGAUAAUAUGCGUGAUCGGCGCUAGCGCUCACACUCUUGAGAUGCCUGAAGAUCUAAAGGAAAAAGGUCUGAUAGAUUGGAUUAAUAACUGGAUCGGAACAACAUCGACGCUACCGACCAUAGUAAUACCGGCAAACGACCCACCCGAGGACUGCCCUCCUUGCCAAUGUGGGAUAGCUCGUACAAGAAGGCGUAUCGUAGGUGGGUCCGAAACCAAAAAGCUAGAGUUGCCAUGGAUGGCAGCCCUUUUCUAUGGAGGAAGAUUCUAUUGUGGAGGCUCCGUCAUAAAUGAUUUGUACAUAGCUACAGCUGCCCAUUGUACUUCUGGAUUCCGCAAGGAGAAGAUCACAGUUCGAUUACUAGAACAUGACAGAAGCACGGCCAAUGAAACCAAGACUGUUGAAAGAAAAGUGGCCAGUAUUAUCAGACAUCUUAGAUACAACCCAAGCACAUACGACAAUGAUAUUGCUUUAUUAAAACUGGACAAGAGAAUCGAUCUCAGCAGCGCCGUAAAGAAGCGUCUUGGUUUAGAGGAAGAAUCUGAUAUUAGCGACAUUGGUGUCCGCCCUGUUUGUCUGCCACCAGCAAACCUGUCCUUUAGUAACGAAACAGCCAUGGUUUCUGGAUGGGGCACUACGGAAGAGGGCGGAUCAGUUUCUAGUACCCUACAAGAGGUCCAUGUUCCAAUAUUAUCAAACUCUGAAUGUCGUGAAACAACUUAUGGAAGCAGAAUCACAGAAAACAUGAUUUGUGCCGGAUAUGACGAGGGAGGUCGCGAUGCCUGUCAGGGUGAUUCUGGCGGUCCACUACACGUACGCAAUACUACUACUGAGGCUUAUGAGGUUGUUGGUGUGGUCUCCUGGGGGGAAGGAUGUGCUAGACCAGGCCGUCCUGGUGUAUAUUCAAGAGUAAACAGAUACUUGAGUUGGAUCAAAAGCAAUACAAGAGAUGCUUGCUACUGCCAAUGAAUUAACAUUGUCUGUCCCAUAAGAUAGAACAAAAUUAACGUUAUUAAAAUUAGUUUUUGACAAUUGUAUUUAGAAAACAACUAAGUAUUAGUUAAAAAAGGCUGAACACCUAUUCCACACAAAUAUAAAACGCCAAGAAUACACUAGCUGUCCUUA